AUGAUGCUGAGUGCCAACCCUAUUGUUCGCAGACUAGCGAUUACAGUUUUGUCGUUGGGAGCGAGCUUUUACUCGACAACUACGACAUUGUCCUGCGGCCGCUGGAACGUCCAGGCUGACACAUCUGUGUUCGCCUGGGUUUCGAUUUCAAAGACGACAAAAUACGGCAGAAUCAGUCGUGUAGUUGUGAUGGGCAGCAGCACAACUUCAGACAAAACCAUCAACACGAGCACAGAUUCCGCCGCCACCGCCCUCACCUCCAUCACCGGAACCGAUGACACCGCCCCACCACACUACCACAGGGGACAGGACAGCUACGAGUUCGAGCCGCCAUCGUACGCGAACCCCCAGUCGGCCACCGACGCUAUCGACUCGCCCAGACCCGGUCCAGCGAAGUUCAUCUUCGAUGUACCUAUACCUGAACCUCAUCAGAAUCAGAAAAAGGUAGAAAAGAGAAAUAAGACGCAAGUGAGCCAACCGAACCCAGAAAUAACUGCGCCUUCCACCUCAAUCCAAGUUCACGAUAAGAUCGAACCACCCAAAAGUCCAAAAGUCACUCAAACUAAAUAUGAAACCCACUUUAACUUUGACCCUGAAACCGUGAGAAGAGGGAGCGAAACUAAAAAGAGAGAUAAAGAGUAUUACAAAGACGAAGUGAGCAGGCUCAGGAAGCAGCUCGAGGGCACCGAAGUGUUUACAACGACAAGGAGAAGAUCUUCCACGCAUCAGCAUUCCGUUCCACCGCCGUCUUCAAGAAGACAAUCGACUGCAGCUCAAGUGCACGUGACAGCCAACCCCCUGGAUUCGGCGUCGUCCAUGCCGGCCGGGCGCACCACCAUCGUCGUGCAGCAACCGUCUCUGUCGUUGGACUACGGGGGCUGUUCCACGAUCCUCAUCAGGGACGGCGAAGAGGGGAGACGGAGUAGUAGAGCUUGUGACCACAUCCAGCAACUCUUGGAUGUGACUAGUCAAUUCACUUCUGAAGAUUUGCACGAGUUUGAUAAAAGGUAUGGCAGCCCCCACCACUCCCGGUCUCAAUCGGUGAAAGCGGCCAGGUCUCGGACGGGAGAGCGGCAACUGCUGGGGCUGCCGCAGCAGAGAGCCCGCGUCGCCUCAAUGCCCAACACGGGCGUCGAGGAGGAGUACUACCGACUGAGGCACUUCAGCAUCACUGGUAAAGGAGUGGUGAACAGAGGUGAUUCGCUUCGGUCGAGAAGAUCCAGGUCUAACACUUCAGUGGCGUCCAGCGCUUCCAGUACGGAGGCGGUCACGAGGGCAUCAGCACCAUGUUCAUUGGCUUCCUCCAGGGACUCCUCAGCCGGCUUGAGCUCGUAUAGGGUGCUCGUUCUGGGCGGGCCAGGCGUCGGGAAGUCCAGCCUCGUUGGGCAGUUCAUGACCUCCGAGUAUCUCCACGCGUAUGACACAAGUAUAGAUGACGAUUCCGGUGAGAAAUCCGUGUGCGUUCUGCUGGCUGGCGAGGAGUCGGAGAUCACCUUUCUGGACUCGCCACCUGACAACUUUAUUGCUGAAGGAUGCGCGCACGGCUAUUGCGUGGUGUAUUCGACCGCCGAUCGCGCAAGCUUCGCCGAAGCUGAGAAGCGACUGCAGACGCUGUGGGCUGCGGGCCACACGACCAGGAGAGCCGUGAUCCUCGUCGGCAAUAAGGCCGAUCUGGCCAGGUCGAGAGUUGUGCCGACUGAUGCCAGACCAUGUGAUAUAAUUAAUCCAUAUAGCAAGACACCAACAUACCCAAAAAAACAAAUUAAAGAAUUCCCAUUAUUCUUCCCGCGAUCAUCACAAGUGGCGGUAGUGUUUUGCGUGCUUAUAUUUUUCUAUAACACUACUUUUGUUUUUAAAAUGAAUUGUACCAAAUGCAAUGAAUCUUUGACGGACUCGGUGUCGUGUGCGCAGUGUUCGGGUGCUUAUCAUUACGUGUGUGCUGGGGUUUCGGAAACCAGCUACAAGAAAAUGGGCCCCGAGAAGCGAGCGGCCUGGCGGUGUAUAACGUGCCGCGCCGUGGUGUCUACCGACAACACUACAAACGCUGAAAUUUUGAGGGAAUUAAAGAACUUGAAAUCUGAAUUUAAUAGUUUCAAAUUGGAUCUUGAUACGGUGAAAAGGGACACUCACGAUACAGUGGAUGCGGUGCGGGAGUUAACGUUGAGUUGGACCAGUUUGGAAACGCGAAUAAAUCUCAUCGAAGAACGAAUGGGCGAACUGGAACUGAAAAUAACUAAAAUCUCCACCGACUGUGACAGUUCUAGAGAGGAAGUCGCUCUUCUCAAACAUAAUCAUAACCUGCAAGACCAGUUCUCGCGCUUGAACAAUGUUGAAAUUUUAGGAGUGCCAAGCAAAUCAGGCGAAAACCUACACAACAUAGUGAGCGACAUUUGUGCAGUGACGGGUUUUCGGCUUGAGCCCACCGACGUCGACACAGUUCAUCGAGUUAGACAAUUCGCAACUCAUGACGGGCAGGCCCCCGGCCCCCGGCCAUUGUGUGUUUAUCGUAAGGAUAGAUAUGACACGGUAACGAGCGGUGAGACGGGAGCCGGGCCAUCGCGGGGCGGUGGUGUGCUGAUCGCGGUGGAGCGGGGGCUGCGCGUGCGCCGCGGACGAUUGGUGCUCGUCACAGUCGGCCGAGGAGCUUUGGAGGGCAAAGCCCUAGCGACGUCGUACGAGUGCAAGUUCAUAGAGACCUCGGUGGGGAUCAACCACAAUGUGGACGAGUUGCUGGUGGGGCUCCUCACGCAGAUCCGAUUGAAGCAGCAACACGCGGAACGAGUCAGGAAACGCAGCAGCUCCCGAAAGAAUCGAAGCCGUGCGCGAUCUCCCCUGGAGGAGCCCACCACGACUGCUCCAGCGCCAUCCUCCGCUUCUAGCACACCGCGAAAACGCACACGACUGUCCGCCAGUGUCAAGGUCCGCGGUCUCUUGGGCCGAGUGUGGGCGCGAGACUCGAAGUCCAAGUCCUGCGAGAAUCUGCACGUCCUCUAG